CCGGCACCGCCCUCAGGGCGCCCGCGCGCGGACAUGGCGGCGCCCGCCUACCCUGCCUGGGUGACGCGCUGGGUGUCGGGGCAGUGGCGGAACAAGAAGCGGCCCCCGACGCUCCGCCCGCCCCGGAUACUGGCGCUGGCCGACAAGGUGGCGAACCGCCGGGAGCAGUCGACAGAGGCAACGUGCAUUACGGAGAUGUCAGUAAUGAUGGCGUGCUGGAAACAAAAUGACUUCAACGACGCACCUUGUGCCGAGGAGAUCAGGACGUUCUAUGACUGCGUGGCCAAGGCAGAAAAAGAGCGCAGGAAUCAAAGUGAGGACAUCCUGUCACCCAGGGGAAAUUUGCCUUCAAGCAAAGUGAACAAGCUCCUGAAGAGGUUUCCUCAGAUCACACAUUAUGUAUAAUGUACUUUAUGAAAGAGACUGUGGACAAGCAAUUAAAGUUGGGGUCUUGGUAAAAAAAAAAAAGGAAAGUCAAAUCGAGUGAUUUUUUGAUGUCAGGUGAUGUGUGGGUCUUGACCCUGGUUUUGAUUCCAGAGCAAAAACCACCCAUCUUGAGUAUCAGUUGAUUUUGUUCAUGAGACUCUUGGGUCUUGCAAUGUUGGGAUUUUUGCAGUGUGUUGUUCAGCUUGCCUACUCAGGUCCUCACUGUUAAAUAAAACCUUCUAGGCAGUCAUGUAAAUGCAUUUCCUAACAGGGCAUGACUUCUUCAUGUGCAAGCCUCUUGCCCAGCUCUGGAGCUGCUAUCUAAAAGUGUUUGGGCUCAAACACUGAGCCAAGUUAGAAUUAGUAAUGAUGGUAGUAAUUGAUGGUAUGUGAUGGUAUGAUGGCUCAUACUCUUACAUGGGUGUAUACACAAUCUGGUGCCACUUGAAAUUUUUAAAAUUUCCCCUGCUGUAAAAUCUAGAAAAAAUCUCCAGCAAAAUACCUUGUUCAUACAUAAAACAAUGGUAAGUAUCAAAUAUAACUUUAACAUGGAAGUUUGUGAUUUAGACCCUCUGAUUUGCAGGUGGGACAGGUAUGGUGCCACAUGAGUUUGAUUAUUUUGUCUGUACUGUAAUAAAGCAAGACUGGUGUUUGA